CUUGUGCCAGGUCACGUUACCAUGAGCUUGCCCCUGAACUCCAGGCCCUUCCUGAAUGGGCUGAUGGGGAAGCCGGUAAUGGUGAAGCUGAAGUGGGGGAUGGAGUACAAGGACUACCUGGUGUCUGUCGACAGCUACAUGAACAUGCAGCUUGAAAAUACAGAAGAAUACAUAGAUGGUGCAUUGUCAGGACGCCUUGGUGAAGUUUUGAUAAGAUGUAACAAUGUCCUGUACAUCAGAGGAGUAGAAGAAGAUGGAGAACUGAGAGAAUAAGUUUGUAUAUUUCUGGAAUAUAAAGAUCAGUUUUUCUCUCUCACACACAAACCCACACACA